UUAUUCGGAUUUAAUACCUAACUGAAGACGCUCCUCGUUCACGCGAUACAUGUGUAUAUCCUCUCGAUUUACUUAUUCCCUUUAAACCAACUGAGCCCAUCUCUCUUUUCUUUGUUCUGUUGAAAAUAUACGUGUAUAUCUAUCUCUAUAUUAUAUAUCGUCAUAAGUUCCCUUCAAAUCCUGAACCUAAGUAAACUUCUCUUCAAAGUUGCGAUUAACACUUCUUAGAUCUCGAAUACUUCACAACCAGGCUAUCUGCAAAACCAUGGCUCUUGCGCAAAAUUAUAGGUCUCAAGCUGGACCCUUUCGUGGUGACCGCAGGCCUUCUUUUAAUAGAAAUCACCAUCAUUUGAGUACCAACAUGGCACCUGCUAUUAACAACAGCUACAAUGUCCCUGGCAACUUUGUAUUCAACUAUGAUUAUUCUUAUGAUAACCCAAGAAAUUUCAGGGAGCAUAGCAAUUACAGUAAAUAUGCCGAGGCUAAUGCACCUGCUAUGAAAAGGAGAAAAACUUCCACUUCUGGCUGGGAAAGUAAUAUGAGACCGUAUAUCCAACCUUAUAUUUAUGAAAAUGGUCCUUCAGCAAACAGGAACAGUUCUGUUAGUAUGGGAGGUACAAGACCUCAUGCAGAUCAACCUCCUAGCUGUAAACGUGACCGUUCAAGUUUUGAAGAUGAGGAUUUGGUGUUUAUGUCGAGGGAUGAAAUUGAGAGAUGCUCCCCUUCAAGGAAAGAUGGAAUCGAUGCACUUCAAGAGACCCGCCUGCGAUAUUCAUAUUGCAAUUUCCUUCAGAAUCUUGGAAUUCAGCUAGAAAUACCGCAAACUACUAUCGGAACUGCUAUGGUCCUGUGCCACCGUUUUUUUGUUCGAAAGUCUCAUGCGUGCCAUGAUAGAUUUCUUAUAUCUACUGCUGCUCUUUUCCUUGCUGCAAAGAGUGAAGAGACAGCAUGCCCACUGAACAACGUAUUGAGAGCUUCAAUGGAAAUUCUUCAUAACCAGGACUUUGAUCUACUCUUGUACCGUUUUCCAGUUGGCUGGUUCGAACAGUACCGCGAAAGAGUGAUCGAGGCUGAGCAAAUAAUAUUGACAACUCUGAAUUUUGAGCUGAAUGUGCAGCAUCCAUAUGCCUCUCUUACAUCUACACUUGAUAAAUUGGGCCUGUCCCAAUCAUUUUUGGUGAAUCUGGCACUUAGCUUGGUUAGCGAGGGGCUUCGGAGCUCUCUUUGGCUACAGUUCAAACCUCACCAGAUAGCUGCUGGCGCUGCGUAUCUUGCUGCAAAAUCUAUGAACAUGGAUCUUACUUCGUCGCAAAAUGUGUGGCAGGAGUUCCAGACACCGCCCUCUGUACUUAAAGAUGUCGUGCAGCAAUUAAUGGAGCUCUUUUAGAUGGUAUGGAGGACAAAGUGUAUCGCACUUGUGUUCUUUGGGUAUAUGUUAGUGCAGUAUAUCAUUCAUAUACGAGAUGUACUUUCUGAGAUCGUCAUGAUUAGGUGCAUGUAAAGACUAUGCAUGAGAGUGUGUAAGAGAUGCUUAGUACUGAUUGUAGAUUAUUUCCAUCUGUGCUCAAGAGAGUUCAAGAGAUGUUCCUACUAUUGUAGAAAAUUUCAAUAUAUAAUACAUGUUGGAGUGAAUGAAGGAUGAACUUUGUUCGGAAA